UCACACCAUUAUUUUGUUCCCAAACAAUUAGGAAAGAUUCUCACCAAUCUCAUAAAUUUCCCUUCCCCAGUAGAAGCUGCAGCAUCAGUGAAGAAACUUCGCCAUUGAAAUUCAUUCAAAUUUCUCCAGAUUUUCUGAAGAAAUUGAAGUUUAAAGAUGUCGGUGAUUUGUAAUCGAAGUAGAUUAACAUCAUCUUUGAUCAAACGAUUGAAGUAUCAAAUUGCGAUUGUUUCGAAUCAUAGAUCGUUCACUACUUCUGAAGGUCAUCGUCCUGCUAUUGUUAACAAACGUAGUCUCGAUAUUCUUCAUGAUCCUUGGUUUAACAAGGGCACCGCAUUUUCCAUGACAGAACGUGAUAGGCUUGAUCUUCGUGGACUUCUUCCACCGAAUGUUAUGACUACUGAGCAGCAAAUUAAUCGAUUUAUGGCUGACCUAAGGAGACUUGAAAAGCAAACGAAGGAUGGACCAUCUGAUCCCAAUGCUUUAGCAAAAUGGAGAAUACUCAACCGGUUGCAUGACAGAAAUGAGACAAUGUACUAUAAAGUUUUAAUUGCAAAUAUUGCAGAAUAUGCUCCUAUUGUGUACACUCCUACAGUUGGUCUUGUUUGCCAGAAUUACAGCGGGUUGUAUCGAAGGCCGCGAGGAAUGUACUUUAGCGCUGAUGAUCGUGGAGAGAUGAUGUCAAUGGUAUACAAUUGGCCUGCUGAUCAGGUGGAUAUGAUAGUUGUGACUGAUGGUAGUAGAAUUUUGGGGCUUGGAGAUCUAGGGAUUCAGGGCAUUGGUAUUGCAAUUGGAAAACUAGAUUUAUAUGUUGCUGCUGCCGGGAUAAACCCACAAAGAGUGUUACCAGUGAUGAUUGAUGUUGGAACCAAUAACGAGAAGCUCCUUAAGGAUCCUCAAUAUUUGGGAUUGCAAGAAAAUCGUCUUGAUGGAGAAGAUUAUCUUGCAGUCAUAGAUGAAUUUAUGGAGGCGGUUUAUACACGCUGGCCGAAUGUUAUUGUGCAGUUUGAAGAUUUCCAAACCAAAUGGGCUUUCAAGUUGUUACAGCGGUACAGACAUAAUUACAGAAUGUUCAAUGAUGAUGUACAGGGGACCGCAGGUGUUGCAAUUGCUGGGCUUCUGGGAGCUGUAAGGGCUCAAGGAAGGCCAAUGAUUGACUUUCCUAAACAAAAGAUUGUUGUUGCCGGAGCUGGAAGUGCAGGUGUAGGUGUUCUUAAUGCUGCCAGAAAAACGAUGGCUAGGAUGUUGGGGAAUAAUGAGUCUGCUUACGAAAGUGCAAGGAGCCAAUUCUGGGUGGUUGAUGCCAAGGGACUGAUAACUGAGGAGCGCGAAGAUAUAGAUCCAGAGGUCCGCCCUUUUGCUUGGAAGGCUAAUGAAAUUAAUCGCCAAGGGUUAAAGGAAGGGGCAAGCCUGGCGGAAGUGGUUCGGCAGGUUAAACCUGAUGUACUUCUUGGAUUAUCUGCGGUUGGGGGUCUGUUCUCAAGAGAAGUCUUGGAAGCAUUUAAAGGCUCAACAUCAACAAAGCCUGCAAUCUUUGCUAUGUCAAAUCCUACAAAAAAUGCUGAAUGCACCCCUGAAGAAGCGUUCUCUACAGUUGGUGACCACAUCAUAUAUGCAAGUGGAAGCCCAUUCCAAAAUGUGGAUCUUGGAAAUGGCAAGACUGGUCAUGUGAACCAGGGAAAUAACAUGUACCUUUUUCCAGGGAUAGGACUAGGUACCCUUCUCUCGGGCUCUGAGAUAGUCUCAGAUGGCAUGUUACAGGCUGCUGCAGAGCGCUUAGCUGGGUAUAUGACUGAAGAAGAGGUGCUUAGUGGUGUCAUCUAUCCUUCAACAUCGAGAAUACGCGACAUCACUAAAGAGGUAGCAGCAGCUGUGGUGAAGGAGGCUAUAGAAGAGGACCUUGCAGAAGGCUAUCGUGGCAUGGAUGUUAGGGAACUCCAGAAACUAAAUGAGGAGGAACUUCUAGAAUAUGUAGAGAACAACAUGUGGAACCCAGAAUACCCUACUUUAGUGUACAAGUAGAUGUGAAUCCAUAUAUAAGGGUGAAGGAGAAAAUGCGUGUUGUAUUGAAAUUAGAUAAGCGGUCCUGUCCCCCUCCACAGUUGCCAUCUUCUCUGAUAGACACAAAUCACACAAUUAUAUAGCUAUUUUUGCUUGAAUGGGGCAACUGUCAGUUCUUGCUGCUUAUCCGUUGCUUAUAUUCGUGUAUUGCAAUUUGCCCGUUUUGGUCAGGCUCUAUUCACCAUUAUUGUUUCCAUUCCAAGUCCGGACUAUGGCUUUAAAUUGUAGAGGACAGUCAGGACACAAAUGUUUGCACGCUGUAUGUAAUACGAAGUAUAUUGGUUAUCAUAACAUCUAGAGGCUAACUCCUGUAACUUUAUGUCUGUCAAAUUACAUAUAUUUAUCAAUGUUAUUGAAGGUGGUGUUUGCUAAAUGUAGAACUUAUAACUUCGGCUAACUCCUGUAUUCUUAUUAGUGUUACAGAUUUACGAAGAGACACCAAAA